CUCACCGCCUGUAUUGUCGUUUCUUCUCCCCCCCUCUGCCAUGUCGGAAUACCGCGCGGCGACGCCGCCCGGAGCGGCCGCGGCUACUCCGGGCGGCCAGGUGGCUGUCGGGAACGGCGGAGGCGUCAAGAAAGAUGCGUUCGCGGACGCGGUGCAACGGGCCCGGCAGAUUGCAGCGAAGAUGGGGGGUGAUGCUGGUCCUCCCUUGAACAACAGCAACGAAUCAGACAGCUUCCCGUUCUCUGGACAGAAGCGAAAGCUUGAGGAUGCAGAUCAACCGGAGAGUAAGAAGAUGGCGACACAAGGUGACUUGGAAUCAGCCACGGCGCUGUCCAUUGGAGCACAGCUGGCUGCUCUGGCACAACAGAGGCCCUCCUCAUCCUCAGAGGAGUACUCUGUUCCAGACAGCAUGGUUGGACUCAUCAUUGGCCGCGGAGGGGAACAGAUCAAUAAGAUCCAACAGGAGUCAGGCUGCAAGGUUCAGAUUGCCUCAGACAGUGGAGGUCUUUCAGAGAGGAGCGUCUCUCUUACAGGGUCCCAGGAUUCCAUAGAGAAAGCCAAGAUGCUAUUGGAUGAAAUAGUGUCACGAGGGCGGGGUACGCCCCCCUCCUCUUUCCAUGAGUCAACCAAUGGGCAGAAUGGGACGGUGCAGGAGAUGAUGAUCCCUGCAGGCAAAGUGGGCCUCGUCAUUGGCAAAGGAGGCGAGACCAUUAAACAGCUCCAGGAGCGUGCCGGGGUAAAGAUGAUCUUGAUCCAAGACGCCUCUCAGGGGCCCAACAUGGACAAACCUCUGCGCAUCAUUGGAGACCCAUACAAAGUCCAGCAUGCUCAGGAGAUGGUGGAGGAGAUUCUAAGGGAGAGACACCAUGGCAACUAUGGAGAAAGGAAUGAAUAUGGCUCCCACAUGGGGGGAGGCGUGGAUAUCCCCGUGCCCCGACACUCAGUGGGUGUGGUGAUUGGCCGCAAUGGGGAGAUGAUCAAGAAAAUUCAGAAUGAUGCAGGAGUAAGGAUACAGUUCGAACCCGAUGAUGGGACGAGUCCAGAUAAGAUCGCCCACAUCAGUGGUCCCCCGGACCGCUGUGACCAUGCCGCGCAGAUCAUCAAUGACCUGCUGCAGAGCAUCAGGGUCAGGGAGGAGGGACAAGGGGGACCCCCAGGGCCACCAGGCAUGCCUCCAGGCAAUAGAGGACGAGGCAGGGGUCAAGGCGGCUGGGGGCCCCCUGGCGGGGAGAUGACCUUCUCCAUCCCCACCCACAAGUGCGGCCUGGUGAUCGGCAGGGGUGGAGAGAACGUCAAGUCCAUUAACCAGCAGACAGGGGCCUUUGUGGAGAUCUCCCGCCAGCCUCCCCCGAACGGAGACCCCAACUUCAAGCUUUUUGUCAUCCGGGGCGCCCCACAACAGAUUGACCACGCCAAGCAGCUGAUUGAGGAGAAGGUCGAGGGUCCUCUGUGUCCCGUGGGUCCAGGGCCAGGAGGACCAGGUCCUGCUGGUCCAAUGGGUCCCUACAAUCCCAACCCUUACAACCCUGGACCGCCUGGAGCCCCUGGACCCCCGCACGGUGGUCCCCCAGGACCCCAUCAGCAUCCCUCUCAGGGCUGGGGCAGCACAUACCAGCAUUGGCAACCCCAGGCACCCCUUGACCCCAGCAAGGCAGCAGCCACCGAUCCUAACGCGGACUGGGCGGCCUACUACGCCCAGUACUACCAGCAGCCAUCAGGGGCUGUGCCAGCUCAGCACCCUGCCAAUCCGGCUGGAGGUGCCUCAGCCUCAGGAGACCAGAACCAGCCCGCCCAGACCCCGGGGGGCCAGCCAGACUACACCAAGGCUUGGGAGGAGUACUAUAAGAAGAUGGCCCAGGCAGGAGCCCCUGGCCCUGGAGCAGCGGCUCCUGCCCCAGGAGCAGCAGCAGGCACGGCAUCCACCGCUGGAGGCCAGCCAGACUACAGCGCAGCCUGGGCUGAGUACUACAGACAGCAGGCUGCUUAUUACGGACAGACAGGACACGCACCUGGCCCACCAGCCCCGCCCCAGCAAGGACAGACGCAGUGACAGCCCACAUCAGAAGGACGAGGAAGCUGCGGAAAAAGAAGGAAAAAAGAAGCUUUUCACCCCGGACUCUUGACCAGGAUCUGGGCUCUUUUAUUUUUACAUUUUGCUUCUUUCAAGCUUUGUUUUUAUUUAAUUUGUUUUAAUUCUCUUGUUUGAAUGCUGUGCCCACCUCCAUCCAUCACCUGGACCCCCUCCCCCCUUUUUCUCUCCAGUUGUACUUGGCCAAUUACCCCACUCUUCCAAGCCGUCCCGGUCUCUGCUCCACCCCCUCUGCUGAUCCGGGGAGGGCUGCAGACUAUCACAUGCCUCCUCCGAUACAUGUGAAGUCACCAGCCGCUUCUUUUCACCUGGCAGUGAGGAGUUUCACCAGGGGGACGUAGCGCGUGGGAGGAUCACGCUAUUCCCCCCCGUUCCCCCCCCCCCCCGAACAGGUGCCCCGACCAACCAGAGGAGGCGCUAGUGCAGCAGCCAGGACACAUACCCAUAUCCGGCUUCCCCCUGCAGACACGGCCAAUUGUGUCUGUAGGGGUGCCCGACCAAGCCGGAGGUAACACAGGGAUUCGAACCGGCGAUCCCCGUGUUGGUAGGCAACGGAAUAGACCGCUACACUACCUGGCCGCCCUCUGGACACUUUUUAACAUAAAUGUGAACUGAACAAAGGCGUUUCCAGUACUUGGCUGCUGAGAGGAGGAGAAAGAUUGGUAUGCAGCCAUGACAGCCAUCACACUUUUCCAUAUCAACCUUCCAUUUCUUCUCAAAAUGUACACCAUCGUGAACAUUAAGUCUUGAAUCACUAACCUCAUUGCCCUGGAGACUGACUCAUCAAAACUAUUUCAUAUGCCUCAACUCUUGCUAGACUUCCUUUUAUCAACAAGCAAACAAAUCCCCUUUUAAAAAUACAUAAUUACUGUAAAAAUGAUUACUAAUUAUUAUUGCACUGAAUUACACAUAGACCUGAGAAGAUUAAGACUAGUUGCGCUGGCAAAGAGGGUGGCACAACACAGGAGAGCUAACACGUCGGGCCAGGAGUCCACAGUCUACACCAUCUACAGGCCAGUGGCCACUCUUUCAGGGAUGACGAUGUGCACCCCCUUGAUAGGGAGGAACGAUGGUUUGAACAGGGAGUCAAAGAGGCCAUCUAUGUGACGAGGGAAUGACAUGGCCAUUGUAACUGUAGUUAAUGGUCACGCCCAUAUUUGUGGACAUAUUUGCAUAUGAAACAAUCAUUGUUUUCGGUCGUCGUAUUGUUUAUAAGGGUGGGGAUAUCUGCAGUCAGUUGAGACUGAAGAGGUCACUUAGAUGUGUGAUGAAACCUUUCGCCCAAUACAUUUUGUGUCCAAAUGAACUGGUUCAGCUUUCUGUGAUAAGAAGAUAGUGCAUAUAUAUAUACAUCCAUCCAUCUAUUAUCUGAACCGCUUAUCAGGGUCGCGGGGAUGCUGGAGCCUAUCGCAGUAGUCAUUGGGCGGCAGGCAGAGAGACUCCCUGGACAGGCCGCCAGGCCAUCACAGGGCCCACACACGCACACAUUCAUAUUUAGGGGCAAUUUAGUACGGCUGAUUCACCUGACCUACAUGUCUUUGGACUGUGGGAGGAAACCGGAGCCCUCGGAGGAAACCCAUGCAGACACGGGGAGAACAUGCAAACCCCACACAGAGGACGACCUGGGACGACCCCCAAGGUUGGACUACCCCGGGGCUCGAACCCAGGACCUUGCUAUGAGGCGACCGCGCUAACCACUGCGCCACCACAUAUAUAUAUUUACAUAUAUAUUUAUAUAUAUAUGUGUAUAAAUAUUAAAUCAGGCACUUUUCAUGCGGUUGUUUUGCUCGUAACUUUCUUUCAAUUGGAAGUGUUUCCUCUGCCCAAGUGAGUUCUGUGUUCAGCUGUUUCUGCUGAAGAAUUUUCUUAAUUGCUUCCCUUUGCUUAUGAAAUUGUUCACAUUUGUAUGAGUGAGACGGUUUUGUAGUGAGUAGAUCCAGUCACUCAUUGCUGAUCUGCACGUGUGUGCGUGUGUGUGACACGUGACGGAUGGUAUGUGGGAGGACUCAUUGUGGACAGCUAGUUCACACAGCCAUCUACACCUCUGUAUACUGAACAAUAGGAAUUUGAUAAGGAGUUGUGCCAUGGUUUUGUCUCUCCUCAAGUUUGCAUGCAUUUGUUUUCACAUAUUAUGCCCCUUUUUUUGUGAAUGUUGAGAAUUUGUCUCUAAUCACAUACUCCUCAGAAUCUUCGUUCAUGCACAAAAGAGUAAACAGUCAAAACAGUCUUCCAGAAUCAGCCACUGUAUGGUAAGUUGUAUUAAGCAAUAUACAGCAUCUGGCUUUUACUGAGAAACGAACCCGGUAGGAUUCUUGAACUCAGAAUGGCAGCAAAGUGUUGAGACUGUCAAGAAAUGACCACCAGCAGCAUACUGUUGAAUUCAAGAGGGGAAAAUGUUGGUUUAUUUUCAGAUGUUUAUUUGCCACUUUUGCUUGUGCUUUUACUAAGGGAAUUUGAAUAAAAUGUACUGUUGUGAC